AUGAGCCAACUGGACAGCAUAUUUGCCAAAUUCUGGGCAAAACUCGAAGCUAGGCAACAGCAUACUCACCUGAAAUACUCACAGACCUCGGAGGUACGAACUCCACAAAAGCGCAUGCACCAGCCCAUCCUGCCCUCCAAAGUCCAGAGAUAGCGGAUUAAGCAGAGAACCAACAUCAUGCACGACAAAAGCCAAGGAAACAAUGCUCAACACAACAUCCAGGGCCCAGGAAUCUGAGAGCAAAAUCCGCGACCUAUCAGGGCCUAGUCAGGGUCUCAAUCGCUCGUCCAAAAUGGUGCAUACCGCACUGGAGACCCAUGGGGACACAAGCGCACGAGCCCUUCAUUGA